CCCGCUGCUUUCUGGGCGUUCUUGCCGCGAAAUUUGAAACGGGGAGAAAAGGGCGCCGGCGGCUUCUUUCCCGCUCCUUGGGGUAUCCACGUCCGGGGUAUCCCUUUGACGUGAAAGGCACGGUCUCUCCUACACCCCCCUUGCCCGCGCGCGUUGGGUGGGCUGGGAAGCUCGGGUAAGUACCGCUGUAUCUGCUUGAGUAAACAUGGAGUCUCAUAUCAGGAAGAGUUCCGUUAAAAGAAAGAGUGAUAUCCGGCCUUUUCUGAAGCGCGAAAAUGAGGCAAGCCCAAGUGUCAAAAGAGUGGGAUCUACGAGUGCACCCACUCUUAAGACAGAAACUGGGAAUCAUCCUACAAGAAAUACUCUUCCUAGCAGUGAGAAAUCAACAGAUGAAGAACGAGAAUUCACUGUGAAUUUAACUGGUGAUGGGAAGGAUCACAUGGUGAAAGGCAGUCUCCACGACAGUGUGCUUUCUGCCCUCAAGGCAACAAAAGAUAUUUGCACUCACAUGGAGAAAAGCAAGGGCAAAGAGAUCUACCUUAUAGGGAAGAAGGGGAUUGAGGGUUGCAUUAAUCUGGGAAUGCCUCUGAAGUAUAUGCCGGAUGGCUCCCAUUGUGUAAUGAAAUGUUAUAAGGUUCAGCAACUUGAGGACUCUGCUGGCUUAGGGUAUCGCCAGCAUGAGAACAGGGAGGAGGAAUGUAUUUUGUUCUUCAUUGACCCCAAGCCGACACAAAACAGUAAGUUGAUUAGAUGCAGUCAGCUUCUUAAGGAAUACUGCAAGCUGUGUGUCUGUGCACCAAAAGGAGAAACCAUAAAAGAUGCCCUGUGCAGUGAUGGUCGUUUCACGCCUGAGCUAAAGGAAAAAGACUGGAGACUGAUGGAGGGUAGCAAGGCCAUAGCUAACACUCAUUCAGUUAACAAUUUAUCUGACAAGACCUUUUAUGUGGAAAUGACGAAAUCUGCUAAAUCUGGUGGCGGUGCAAAGAGCCAUCAGGUUCCCCAGGUGCCUCAUGGGAGGCAGCUCCAAACCUGUCAUUAUUUUAAAAUUGAUCUCCUAAGCUUCUAUCCUGGCUUAAAGGAUCAAAAGGAGAUCAUGGAUAACUUCUUUGCAAAAACCAAGGACGCACAGGAGCAUAAAAAGGAGGUCCUCAAAGUGUGCAGAGCAAACUAUAGCAAGGAGAUAAGCAAUGCCAUAACGGUUAAGAUGUUAAAGAAGCAGGCAACUCUCAGUCAGUCAGUUGGGUACAUAAAGUGGGGCAUUUCCAGAAAGGAGGGUGAAGCUACUUGCUUUGUGUUGUGUAAUAGCUACAUACUAACUUGCCACCAUGUGGUAAGAUCGAUCGUUGGAGAAGGGAUUGAAGAAAAGGAGUGGGCAUCCAAAAUCAGCAAGGCAGCCCAUGUAACAUUCUCCUAUGAAGGUGACCACCCCAAAGAUGAAGACUUUUUUUCACUUGAGGAGUGGUUUGAAAUAUAUGAUGUUGUUCUUGAUUUUGCCAUCCUGAAACUGAAGGAAAAUGGAAACAAAAGUAGGCUUCCUCCAGGCUUGGUAAAGUUAUGCUCCCCUCCACCAUUUGAUGGGCUUACUUACAUCAUUGGUCACCCAGGUGGAGAAACAAAGUCUCUGGAUGCCUGUUCUGUUGUCACUGUGUGUAAGCGUCAGAAGGAAUCUCUUGAUCGUUGGCAGCAGGGUAAUGAGGCAGAACACAGCAACACCAACUGUGGUUAUGAUCCCAAGAGCUGCAUCCAUAUGCUCAAUCCAGGAGUUUUCUUUCCUGUUUUCAACAACCCUGAUGUACUCACCUAUGAUACAUCUUUUUUCUGGGGGUCUUCAGGUUCACCUGUGUUUGAUAGAGAUGGCCAACUUGUUGCAAUGCAUGCUGCUGGCUACGUUUAUGGAAACAACUCCAAGCAGCGCAGCAUAAUUGAAUUUGGCUAUUUGAUGACGUCAAUCCUCUCAGUAAUUGAAAAGAAGGAUAAAUCUUGGUAUGACUCUGAAAUUGGUCCUUUCAGACAGGCUUCUUAUGCUACAGAAGAGGCUACCGUGUGUGUUGAGCCUAUGGAUGUGGAUUAAAAGAUCUAUGUUCUAUGAUGAUCCUUCAGUCUGAAAUUUGGAAGAUAUAUAGGGCCUAUUAAUUGAUUAAAUUGCAUUUUGCAUUUUUAAAGAUAGUUACGCUUCAUUACAUACAACGCUUUUAAAAACAUGUAUCAUAUAUCAUUUCAAAGCAGUGCCACCCACCCUAACUUGGACAUCCAAUUCAGAAGGAUAACAUGGUUGAUGGUAUUGAAAGCCUCUGAGAGAUAAAAGAGGAAGAACAGAAAGUCAGUUUCUUCCAAGAGCACCUGGAUCUGGUCCACAACCUAAUGAAGAACCUUGCCUAAGAAGGGGAGAUUGGCAACUUGCUGAUAAUUACUUAGAUUUUCUGAAUUCAGGGAGGGUUUUUUAAGGAAUGGCCUUGCCACUUCAAGAAGGCAUUAAUCACCUCCCUGACCCAGCCAGCUUUCUCUUCCCUGCUAGCUUUUAUCAGCCAAGAGAGGCAAGGGUCUAGAGGGCAAGUGGCCACCCUGACAGAUCCAUGCACCUUGUACGCAUCCUCAAGCCUUACGAACUGAAACUCAUCCAACAUAACAGGACUAGACAUUGCUCUGGACACCCCUUGAGAUUCAUCUGCUGUAACAGUGGAGUCAAGGUUCCAGCAGAUUCAAGUGAUUUUUAUCCUCAAAAUACUUCACAAACAAAUCGCAGCGAGCUAGUGUCAGUUCUGCCAGCUCCUCCGUGCUAGACUGUAAAAGGCCCCAUACUACCUGGAAAAGCUUUGUCAGACGGCAUGAUGAAGAUUCAAUGGAGUCAGCAAAGUAUCAGCCAGCUAAAUGUUGAGCCUUCACCAGUGUUCAAUUGCAUUCAAGCUGUCUUCCCAUUUGUUUCAGUGCUCUAAGCUCUGGAGAAUACUAGGGAGUCAAGUGGACUCCACAAAUUAAUAUAUUUGAUGUAGUAGCUAUUAUCUGACUGGCUUUCAACCAUGCCUAUAUCCCACAGUUACCAGGGUUGUUGAUAAGUUAAGGGCACAAAGAGUAUGAGUGAGAUUAAAGGGUUGUGUGGAUUUAGGAAAAUCAUUGUAGUAGAAUUUGUGUUGUGUUAAUAAAAUAAGUAAGGAAAUAACCCAUUUUCCUUGCCACAAAGUGUGUUGACAAAAGAAGUGAAAUGAACUGAAAAAAGGGGUGAAUACCAGGCUACUACAUGAUUGCUUAGCCAUGUAUAUUGGCUACACACUCAUUAAAACCUCCCCUCACACUCUGCUUAUAUAUCUCUUAUCCAAAGGAAAUAAAAAUGCCAUUGAAUUUCUUAACA